AUGUUAUCAUUAGAUGGUCUACUUCACCAGAGCAUCAUUGAAGGUCUAGCCACCGUGACCACAGAAGACCUGCGCUGGCUCCUCUCUGACUGGCAGGCCUGGGAGACGGUGACGGAGCAGCUUCGUUUGGGAAGGGAUGAAGUCGAUGUGCUGUACUAUAUGGUGGUCCAGGAGCUGAUGCGACGGGAGGAAGGGUUCAGGCCAUCUGGGAACUGGUCCCAGGAGGAGAUGAUGUUUCUCCAAGAGUUUCCCUGGCGGAAGCAUCAGCUGGAAAAGACUAUCAGUGAACUUCACAGCAUCGCAGACCAAGUUGACACAACCCACAAGAUGCUCACCAAGACCAGCCUGGUGGCCAGCUCCUCGGGGGCGGUGUCCGCUGUCAUGACCAUCCUGGGUGUGGCCCUGGCACCCGUGACAACAGGAGGGAGCCUGCUACUCGUAGCAGCAGGGCAGAGCCUGGGGUUAGCAGCUGCCACCACCAACAUUUUGACAAAUGUCUUAGAAAAUAGGAGCAAUUCGGCAGCAAGAGACAGAGCCAGCAGACUGGCGAGUCUCCCCACAGACCCGGAGGCUGGAACUGGGGGAGGGACACGUUUCUCUGAUGGGAGUUUGGUCGGGAGGUGUAUUAACGCUUUCGGGAGCAUCAGGCAGCUUCGUGCCUUCCAGAGGGCCCAGGCCAACCCUGGCUUCAUUGCGAGGGUCAGGAACUUUGUGGCCACAAGGCGUGUGCCCUUCUGGAGGGCCGCAGGGGUGCAGAGAGCGGCGGGGGCGCCUGCUCUGGCUAUGACCCGCGCUGCCCGGAUGCUGAGCGUAGCUGGGGCUGGCUACUUCCUCAUGCAGGACUUGAGAAGCAUCCAGGAGAACUGGAGGCACCUGGAAGAGGGGGCAAGGACGGAGACGGCCGAGGAAUUGAGGACACUCGCCCGGGAGCUGGAGCAGGAGCUGGACCGGCAGUCCCAGCGCUACAGGCUGACCAUCCAGAGGCUGAACCAGGAGGGGGGAAGAAGGGCAAGGCCGCCGAGGAUGAGUGGGGAUGCUAACCAGUUGGUGAGGCUGGCCCUAGCAGAGGCAGAACGCACGUCUUCAACCAGGAACAGGUCUGCCUGCGACGGGGUGCCCCGAGGGGGUGCUAGGAGACCUGCAGCGCUGUGCGGUAACCCCCAGGGACUCCGGAAAUACCAGGGACCAGACUAG